GCAGCCUCUCGGCCUCCUUCGACCAGAUGUCUGUCACCGAUGUCACCUCAGAGAGUGGCCGCCUGGGCACCGUGUCUUCGACACCCAACAACAUCCUCUAUGACAUGACGGGCCUCAAGCUCGACCACAUGCAGCGUCUGGCGUACAAGCUGACGCACCUGUACUUCAACUGGCCAGGUACCAUCCGCGUUCCAGCUCCCUGCCAGUAUGCCCACAUGCAGGCCUUCCUGGCCAGCCAGUCACUGCACGACGAGCACAUUGAAACGCUCAACGACACCCUCUUCUAUCUGUAGUCGGUCCAAUUCAAAAUAAAAAGCGUUUAUAUUUUCACAA